AUGAAGAUAUCUGCAGCAACUACUAUUAGACUUCACUUGUACCGGGAUGGAUUUCAACCAGAUUAUUGGAUUUGGACUGAACAAAAAGAAGUGAAGCCAAUGGUUGAAACAAGAGGUGGUUCGACUAGUAGUAGGAUUGUGCAUCACGACGACCAAUUAAAUGCAAUGGAUGAAAUGGUGUUUGAUGCUUUUAGGCCUUAUCGAGAUGUCCUUGAUGUGCACACUAACAUGGGAAAUGAGACAUUUGCUAAGGAUGAGUUGCCUAACGAAGAUGCAAAAUGGUCUAAUUGGCAUGUUCCACAAAAAGGUAUAGAUUUUGUUACAAAAAUGCUUAAAAGUGUAUGUCUAGUGCCAACAUGCUUGCCCGAUAACUAUUACCAAGCAACACAAUUGGUUUCAAAGUUAGGGUUGAAGGUUGAGAAGAUUGACUGUGGUAAGAAAGGAUGUAUGCUAUAUUACAAGGAUGAUAACAAGUUAUCUGAGUGCAAAAUUUGUCAUUCUCCUAGGUUCAUUCCGCGUAGGACUGGUAUGGGAAAAUACAAAGAUGUUCCAGCAAAAAGAAUGUUUUAUUUCCCUAUCAUUCCUAGAUUACAAAGAUUGUAUGCAUCAACAGAGUCUGCAGCUGAAAUGAGAUGGCAUCACGAGAAUAAAAAGAGUUCAAAUGUCCUUCGCCAUCCGUCUGAUGGAAAAGCGUGGAAACAUUUUGACAAUGUAUAUCCUGACUUUGCUAGUGACCCCAGAAAUGUAAGGUUGGGUCUAUGUUCAGAUGGAUUUACUCCUUAUAUUCAAGCGUCUGCUUCUCCAUACUCCUGUUGGCCAGUUAUACUCACUCCAUACAAUCUUCCCCCUGAAAUGUGCAUGACCAAACCAUACUUAUUUUUGACUUGUCUCAUACCUGGACCUUCUAAUCCCAAACAAAAUAUAGAUGUCUACUUGCAACCAUUGAUUGAUGAUUUGCAACGAUUGUGGUCCAACGGCAUUUUGACCUAUGAUAUAUCCACAAAACAAAACUUCAUCAUGAAAGCAUGCUUGAUGUGGACAAUUAACGAUUUUCCCGCAUAUGGUACGUUAUCUGGAUGGGGAACACAAGGUAAGUUGGCAAGUCCUCAUUGUAUGGAAGACACAAAAGCUUUCACUUUGAAAUAUGGCAGUAGGAAUUCUUGGUUUGAUUGUCAUCAUCGAUUCUUGCCAGCUAAUCACUCUUUCAGAAGAAGUAAAAGAUGUUUUACAAAAAAUAGGGAUGAGAAAGACGGUGAACCUUACAUUUACACAGGGCAAGAGAUCUCAGAGGUGGAUAACUUGUUAAGGCACAAUCUCGAUGUGAUGCACAUAGAGAAAAAUGUCUUCGAUAAUAUAUUUAACACUGUUAUGAAUAUUAAAGGUAAAACAAAGGAUAAUGAAAAGGCGAGAAAAGACUUGUCUUUAUUAUGCUUUCGCGGGGACUUGGAGAUGCAAGUGUUAUCUAACGGAAAGAUGGGUAAACCAAAGACAAAUUACACUUUGACAUCAUCAGAUGCCAAGUUGGUUUGUAAAUGGCUUAAGGAUUUGAGAAUGCCUUAUGGCUAUGCUUCAAACCUUGCUAGGUGUGCCGAUGUUGAGAAGGGUACGAUACUUGGGAUGAAGAGUCAUGACUGUCAUGUUUUCAUGGAAUGUUUACUCCCAAUUGCAUUUCAUUCCUUGCCAGAAUUUGUUUGGAAACCAUUAACCGAGCUAAGUCGAUUCUUCAAGGAUCUUUGUUGCAAUACAUUGAGGUUGGACGACUUAGUUAAGUUGAAUGAUAACAUUCCAAUUAUCAUAUGCAAGUGA